CUGUCAACAUUCUCUCUUCCACUUAAUUUUUUUUUCUACUCGAAACACCACUAUCGCUGUUCUUAUAAUCUUUGACAGUUUGGAAGAUCAAGCUGGACAUUAGCCAUGGUCAAUAAAUUCGUAAUCAACAAUGAAAUCAUCUCAUCCUCCUGUUGAGAAGCUCCAAUGCUGGCAACUUGUUGAAAACUCAUAGAUGUCAAAGAUUACAUAGCUUAUCUCGCUGUUAAAUGAGGGAGCGGUUAAAUUGAAUCGGUUUCUUACGUCACCUUCGUCAAAGUUCUGAGAGCUGGGGUGAGAAUAAUUGAGUGACCUAGUUUCUACAGCAGGCUCAGUGAGACGCAAAAUUAGUCGCAGCAAUCGGCAAAUAGUGGAUAUCUAACGUUGCGGACUAAAAAGUGCGAAAAAAUAGUCCAAUCCACUGGCACGAAUGAAAACGACAAGGAGAUUGGGUUUGCGAAUAAUUUGGCAGAUUUAACUAGUUGAUAGAAACCUAAUCAAGAGUGUGGUUAUAAAUCGGUAAAAGCAUCCAAUGCGUACGAAUUGGAAAAUCGGAUUUCGUUUGGACGCGUCUGUCAUGGUUUGCGUUGCAGUUCUUCAGGAAGUCUUGUGCAGAUUAUGAUUCCUGUGGAAUAGGUUAAUUGUGAUGUAUUCAAUGACAAGAUGCGACGCGUGUGUGGGGAGCUUAUAAUCGAGGUUUGUGUUACUCAAUUAGGGUUUCAGUUUAUGGUGCUGAAUUUGUGAUGAUGUUUCAGGUUACGUAUCAUUUUGUAGAAAUGACUAGGAAUGAUUACUACGAGACCUGUGCGAACUAUGUUAUUUCUCCUGCACUUGCGGAGAUUUUGGAGGAUCAUGGAGAUUCGUGUUUGCCUGAGUUGCAAUUGCAAUGUUGACGCUAAAUUUUAACUUUUUCCUUGUUCAGUCUAUUGUCGAUUUAUUUGUUGGUAUACGCAAUGCAAUGUGUAUCUUUCCAUUCGAGCUAGGGCUUUGGGUUUAUGAGACUUUCGAACUGAGUGCUGGGUAUUUGGAAUCUCCAAGCUAAGUGGCUGAGAUCCUCUCGCCCACCCACGAAAUGAGUUUGUUUUAGUGGACUUCAUGAUGGGGCGAGCUAGAAGCAAAUCGAGGCAGGUGCUCUGUACUUCAAUAUCCUAUUUUUACGUGAUCUGCCUCAGCGCCAUAUUCCUGGUGACAAUGUUAAUGCUUACGUUCCGGUUUCUUCAAAUGGAGAAUCCUCUGCGCUACUCAGAUCCAGUUCUCAAGUCUCGCAACAAGGACUUUGAGGCACAGGCUACCUCAGGAGCUGAAGACAUACCUUCUUUGUUGCGAAAGCUGCGGGAUGUUCCAUGGGACGCCUCCGCAGCGCAUGUUUGGGAUUCUGAAAACGCUGAAUAUUACUAUGGAUGCAUCAAACCUAGCAAGAACUACUCAAUCGAUCCAAAUAUGGAAGUUAAUGGAUAUCUUCUAAUUGCAGCUAGCGGAGGCCUGAAUCAGCAGAGAGUAGGGAUUACGGAUUCUGUGGUGGUUGCUCGGCUCCUGAAUGCCACACUUGUUGUUCCGCACUUUGACCAUCGAUCAUACUGGAAGGAUCCGAGCAAUUUUAGUGACAUUUUUGAUGUGGACUGGUUCAUACAAUCUGUAGCUCCUGACGUGACAGUGAUCAAAGAGCUGCCUCAAACUGUUAGAAAAAGUCUUCCGAAGCAGGUUUAUAAUCUACGAGUCCCACGUAAGGUCCCAGCAUGGUAUUAUUCACGACGGAUUCGGCAUCUCCUUAAAAGGAAACAUGUUCUUCGGCUUACUAAAUUUGACUACCGACUGGCGAACGAGCUGGAAACAGACCUUCAAAAGUUGAGAUGUCGCACAAACUACAAGGCACUGAGGUUCACGAAAUCUCUUCAAGACAUAGGACAAGUGCUUGUUGACAGGAUGAGGGCUAAGGGUAGGCGAUAUAUUGCAUUGCAUUUAAGAUUUGAAUCUGAUAUGCUAGCUUUUUCGGGAUGCUAUUACGGUGGCGGUGAGAGAGAGAGACGGGAUUUAGGCUCCAUCCGCAAGCGUUGGAAGUCACUACGUCUUCAAAACCCUGAGAGAGAAAGACGCCUCGGGAAAUGCCCUCUGACUCCAGAAGAAGUUGGCAUCAUGCUCCGUGCACUAGGUUAUGGGAAUAACACAUAUUUGUAUGUGGCAUCUGGUGAUGUUUACAAUGGAGAAGCCUCUUUGGCACCUCUAAAAGCUUUGUUUCCAAACUUCUAUACUAAAGAGCUUUUAGCAAAUCAGGUGGAGUUGACACCUUUUGCUAACUUCUCGUCACGAAUGGCUGCAAUAGACUAUAUCGUCUGUUCAAGAAGUGAUGUGUUUGUGGCCAACAAUAAUGGGAAUAUGGUUCGGAUUUUGGCGGGUGAAAGACGUUUCAAUGGCCACAAGCGAACUAUCAGACCCAAUGUCAGGAAGUUGGGAGUGCUUUUUUCUGCCAGGCAUAAUAUGUCCUGGGAAGAUUUUGCCAAGAGCGUGAGACAUCAUCAAAAGGGUUUCAUAGGUGACCCUAUGGAGGUUAAACCUGGUCGUGGUGGGUUCCACGACAACCCUGCAGCUUGUAUAUGUGAGGUUCCGGAAGCAAAUGAGACGCUGCGGAUUUGGCGGGAGCAGCACGUUCAGAGGCCCAAAGAAAAGGAAUUGCAAGCCCAAUCUGAAGUGGGUUCAAGUCUAGUUAUACCACUUGAAGACAGAAGUGAUUUAAUGGAAGAGUUCAAUGACUUGAGAGGAGUGCGCCUAAGUAGUGACACGGAGGCAGCUGAGGAGCUACCUCUGAAAGACGAAGUUGCUGAUGAAGAGGAGAAUACCGACGGAGAAACCGAGGGAGAAGCUGAAGGUGACGAUGAUGGCGACAAUUACUAAACACCACUUCGAAACGAAUUGGUGAGACACGCUUAACUGUGGUUUUUUAGACUUUCUAGGUUCGUGCAAGGGUGCAUGGAGCCAUCACAAGGCCCUCAAUUGCAGCUGGUAACAAGUUUUGGAUCAACUUCAAGUUUGAAACUUAUUAGACACAGACAUCACCCAGCUUCUUUCCCCAUGGUUUUCCAAUUCAUUCAUUCUAGUUUGAAUAACAAGCUCAGAUCGCAUAUCUUUGAUCGCUAGGUUGAUUACCAAAACAAACAGCACCUCCGUAUUUUUUGUUGGUGUUAUUCACUGAAGUUGAAGGUGAUUGGUAAGUCGAUGCAGGUGCAUAGGCUUGAGCUUCACCUCAAGGAGUCCACAUGGGUAUUAUAAUGUGAUCACCUGGGUUAGGAUUUCAGUUAGCCUUGAAUGCAUUUGGUCGAAGGCUAUUUGCUCCUGGUUAACGCUUUAAGUGGAUGGGUUGCUGGGGAAUAGCUUGGAAGCCCCUCUCAUCACCACAUGUAAUCUUCAACUUUCUGUACUAAUAACUGAAACAAACUACUUUUGAAUUGAAGAAAAAUUGCACAUUAAGGCA